GCACUGGUGAACGAGCUGUACAGUUUGCUUCGAGACCAGGAUCCUAUCGUAGUCGUGAAUUGUCUGAGAGCCUUAGAAGAGAUCUUGAAGAAGGAGGGGGGAGUUGUCAUCAACAAACCCAUUGCCCAUCAUCUUCUCAACAGGAUGGCUGAUCUGGAUCAGUGGGGGCAGAGCGAGGUGCUGACCUUCCUUCUGCAAUACAGACCCCGCAGCGAGGAGGAGCUCUUCGACAUUCUCAAUUUACUGGAUGGCUAUCUGAAGAGCAGCAGCCCCAGCGUGGUGAUGGCAGCCACCAAGCUUUUCCUGGUGCUGGCCAGGGAGUACCCGCACGUGCAGGCAGAUGUUCUGGUGAGAGUGAAGGGACCGCUGCUGGCUGCCUGCACCUCUGAGAGCCGGGAGCUCUGCUUCACGGCGCUGUGCCACGUACGUCAGAUCCUUGGUAGCCUUCCUGGCCACUUCAGCAGCCACUACAAGAAGUUCUUCUGCUCGUAUUCAGAGCCCCACUACAUCAAAUGCCAGAAGAUGGAGGUGUUGUGUGAGCUGGUGAAUGACGAAAACGUGCAGCAAGUGCUGGAGGAGCUGAAGGGCUAUUGCACUGACGUGUCAGUAGAGCUCGCCCAGGGGGCCAUCUUCGCCAUAGGCAACAUUGCCAGGACAUACACAGAGCAGUGUGUGGGGAUUCUGACAGAGCUCCUGGGCCUUCAACAGGAACAUUUUAGUGACUCGGUAGUGCAGGCUUUUCGGGACCUGGUUUGGCUGUGUCCCCAGUGCACGGACGCCGUGUGUCGGGCGCUGCCGGGCUGCGAGGAUGCCAUCCAGGACAGCGAGGGCAAGCAAGCGCUGAUCUGGCUCCUGGGCGCGCAUGGUGAGAAAGUGCCGAACGCCCCCUAUGUUUUAGAGGACUUUGUGGAGAGCGUGAAAUCAGAGAUGUUCCCAGCAGUGAAGAUGGAGCUCCUGACCGCACUGGUGCGCCUUUUCCUGUCUCGCCCUGCCGAGUGCCAGGACAUGCUGGGGAGGCUGCUCUAUUACUGCAUAGAGGAGGAGAUGGAUAUGGCAGUGCGAGACCGUGGGUUGUUCUACUAUCGCCUUCUGCAGUCCGGUGUGGACGAAGUGAAGCGGGUCCUGUGCAGCCCCAAGUCUGACCCCUCUCUGGGGCUCCUGGAAGACCAAACUGAGCGACCCGUGAAUACCUGGGCUGCAGAGUUUAAUACUCUUGCACCAGUUUAUGGCAGAGAACGCUGGGCGCUCGUCACUGCUCACCAGCCAGCAGAGCCCUCCUACGCUCCUUGCACUGACUCCAGGAACAGAGAUGCAGAGUCACUGAUUUCUGAAGGGAAUAAAGAAGUGCUCAAGGUUCAUCCUGAUCCAGCCAGCCUGACCUUAACUCCUGACGUUUACCUGACUGCAGAAGAGUUUGAGAAGACCUGGCUGAGCUUGGACGUGAGCUGCCGCCUCUCCCUGCCCUGGGGUGGGACUGUCCACCCGGACACCGUCCAGACGGCCCUGCACGUGGUUCACAUCCAGACCAUCGCCAUGAGCAAAGCUGGUGUCCAGCCGUGGAAAGCCUACCUCAGUGCCCAGGACGACGCCGGCUGCCUCUUCCUAACAGAGCUCCUGCUUGAGGCGGCGGAUUCGGAGAUGCAGGUUUUGGUGAAGCAGAGCAAGGCAAAGCCGGAGGCGCUGCAGACCUUUGUUUCAGCGUUGAGGACGGUUCUGGGGACAGUCGCUGGACUGGGGUCCUGA